UCUAUCCGGAAGUGCCUGAAGAAGAAGUUGAAACCCUCGUGGACUCUGGAGAGCUCACGGCGAUGACGGCCAUCAAAAUGAGGGUUUCCGGCACGCACCAGGCCCUACGAAAUGCAACCGCCGGCAUUCAAGACAAGUACCGGGACAUUCGCCGUCUUGAACAAAGCGUGGCGGAGCUCCACCAAAUGUUUGUCGAGCUUUCUUUUCUAGUGGAAGCUCAAGGAGAAAUGGUGGAACAAAUUCAGUACUCAGUGCAGCAGGCCAAGGAGUACACAGCCAAGGCGGAGAAGGAACUGCUGCAGGCGAGGCGGAACCAGAAGUCAGCGAAAGCGCGGAUGUUUUGGAUCACCGUCAUUCUGAUCAUCAUCGCCGCCAUUGUGCUGGUGCCAGUGUUUGUUACUCUUCUCAAAUAG